ACUACUUCUACUGUAUAUUCAACCUUGAUCCCUUGCAUAAUACCAAAACAAUCCUCUUGCUAUUCGCGGGAUUCUCUCCUUCUUCACCCCUUUUCUUCAUCUGUUACGCGCGUCGUCUCGAUUCGAACCUAGAACCGGCGCUCUUCAUCGCAUUCAUCGUCGCAGCCGCCCUCGAUUUACCGCCACUUCGACGCAUCGCCUGUCCGCACCGCACAUAGCCACAUCGAAUCUUGUCUUCCGUCGAUCCCGCGACUCUCUCCCAUGUGAUCCGGCUCGAAUUUGAAACCGAUUCUCAUCUCUCCUCUCCUCCCUCCUCUUUAUUUCCUUUCCUCUUACGCUUCUUCCUCCUACGCUCCUCAACUCGCCCUGCCUGGGCCUGUUGAUCGAACCCGCCAUGGACGAUGAUCUUCUCUUUGCGCGAUCUGGAAUCGUGCCGGGAGGUGAUGGCUCCGUGCGACCAGGAUAUUACAAGGCCAUCGGCAUUGGCCUGGCCAUAGGAUCGGGUCUUUUUAUUGGAACGUCAUUCGUCCUCAAAAAGGUUGGCCUGCUGAGGGCAAACGCAAAAUAUAACGAAGUUGCUGGCGAAGGCUAUGGCUACCUCAAGAAUGCUUUCUGGUGGGGUGGCAUGAUUCUCAUGAUUAUUGGCGAAGUGUGCAACUUUGUCGCCUAUGCUUUUACCGAUGCCAUUUUGGUCACGCCCCUUGGCGCCCUGUCCGUCGUCAUUACAACAAUCCUGUCGGCCAUUUUCCUCAAGGAACGGCUGAGUCUAGUUGGAAAAGUCGCCUGUUUUCUCUGCAUCGUGGGCUCCGUCGUCAUCGUCAUGAACGCGCCGCAAGAGUCUUCUGUCGCCGACAUACAGCAGAUGCAACACUACGUCAUAACGCCGGGGUUUCUGUCGUAUACGGGCGUCAUUCUCGUCGGAUCCGUCAUCGUUGCCUUUUUCGUUGGACCCAAGUAUGGUAAGAAGAAUAUGCUGGUCUACAUCUCAAUCUGCAGCUGGAUCGGAGGCUUGAGUGUUGUGUCGACCCAAGGCUUGGGUGCCGCCAUCAUUGCAUGGGCUAGUGGAAAGCCGCAGUAUAAGGAGUGGUUCUUAUGGGUGCUCUUUGUCUUUGUUAUUGGCACCUUGCUGACUGAAAUCAUCUUCCUCAACAAAGCUCUCAACCUCUUCAAUGCCGCCAUCGUGACACCCACCUAUUAUGUUUAUUUCACUAGUACCACCAUCAUCACAUCUGCAGUCUUAUUCCAGGGCUUCAAGGGAACGGCCCAAUCCAUCGUCACUGUCGUUCUGGGCUUCCUGACGAUAUGUUCUGGCGUUGUGCUAUUGCAACUCUCCAAGUCGGCCAAGGAUGUUCCUGAUGCUGCCGUGUUCAACGGCGACCUAGACCAGAUUCAUACGAUUGCCGAACAAGCACAAUCCGAGACGGAACCAAAGGCAGACGCAAUCCGAGGCGCAGCUGCUAUUGUCAGGCGCAUUUCGAACGCGCGACUAAGGAUGGAAGCCGAAGAGCUGAAGCGCCUUCAUGAAGAGAAAAUGGCCGAGGCCAUGGCUCCCAUCAGCGAGGAUGGGCAGCCAAUGUACGAGUGGGAUGGUUUGAGGCGAAGACGAACCAUUGCGUCUAGUAUGCACACCAGAUCGACUAGGCUUUCCACCCCGAUACCCGUUUCUCCCGCACCACCUACUCCUCACCCGCCUCUGGGCAUGUCGCAUUUCCCAACAGAAGAGGAGCUCGCAGAGCAUGACCGUACCAGCAUGUUUUCCAGCCUAGCGGGUACAAUCCGCGGCCGCCGGUCCCGCAAUCCUCAUCAUCAUGUCUUGGUGGUCAACGAGCAGGAUGAGGAGGAUGACGAAGAGGCCCAGUAUGGCAUCGACAAAGUCCGCAGCCCGAUGCAUCCGCUCCCCCUCACCCACAUUGCCGUGCCCCAGCAGAAGCCCGAUGACGAAGCCGGCGCUUAUUAUGGCCCGACCCGCGAGCAGGCGUACUUCUCCAACGAAGGAGCCGACACCGAGUACCAUGGCGCCGCCGGUCUUGCCAACCCUCAGCUUCUUGGUCCGACGCCGCCACCCCAUGGCCCUGGGACUCGGCGCCAGUUCUCCUUCAACAAAGUCUUCCGACGAACGCCCCAACCUUCUGAAGAGGAACAGGUCGGGCUUGUCAAAGAAAACAGUGGCGACGGUAG